AUGGGCGCCAAGGUGAGCAAAAUCUCUGCCCAGGAGGAGGCGCGCAUCGCCAAGAAGUGCGUGGCGCGGAGAACGGCGUACUACGGCUGCGUCGCGGCCAACAAGGCCGAUCCCAAAGCUUGCGAGCGGCUGGAAGCGGCGCUGGUGAUGUGUACCGCUUCAGAGCUCGCCAGCUGCAAGGAGGCCUCCGGGGAGCACGAGCGGUGUUUCACCUCGCUCAUGAACACGGGGCGCUACAACGGCCGCAGGGACUGCACCGUCGAGCUCGACGCGCUCAAGGCCGCCCUCAAGCGGCACGGCGCGUACCCUUUCCCCCAGGCGUGA